CUGCUGUCUGUCACCUUAUAAUAAUUAAUAUAUACACAUUACCUCGUUAAAAAAGAAAAACCAACGAGGAGGAAGCAGAGGCGGAGGCAGAGAGGCAGAGGCAAACCCUCUCCUCCUUAUCGCCAUUAGAGACUCCUUUCGUCACCGUUAGUGUUUUGCCGUCAAACAAGGUUUCAGGCACUUCUCCCCCAUGGCUUCGCAGCUAAUUCGUGAAUGGGUAGGGAUUCAGCAGUUCCCAGCCGCCACUCAGACCAAAUUGCUCGAGUUACUCGGCAAACUCAAGCAAGAGGAUGUCAGCACCUUGACAAUUCUCGUGAUGGGUAAAGGUGGUGUUGGUAAAUCGUCCACAGUUAACUCCAUCGUUGGUGAGAGGGCUGUUGCUGUUAGUGCAUUUCAGUCUGAAGGGCCAAGGCCCGUGAUGGUUUCGCGCACGAGGGCUGGAUUCAAUUUGCACAUCAUUGACACUCCUGGCCUCAUAGAAGGUGGAUAUGUCAACUUCCAAACUCUCGAGAUUAUCAAGCGCUUUUUGUUGGACAAGACAAUCGACGUUCUGCUCUAUGUGGACCGCCUAGAUACGUAUAGGGUGGAUAACUUGGACAAGCAGAUUGUUAAGGCUAUUACAGAUAGUUUUGGUAAAGAAAUAUGGAAAAGAGCUUUGGUUGUACUCACGCAUGCCCAGCUCUCGCCACCAGAUGGCUUGGAAUAUGAAGUAUUCUUCGCAAGAAGGUCAGAGGCUCUCCUUAAGGUUGUUCGGUCGGGAGCCAAGAUAAAGAGACAAGACACAUGGGGUGCAAACAUUCCUGUGGUGUUGGUUGAGAACAGCGGGAGGUGUAACAAGAAUGAAAAUGAAGAGAAGAUCCUCCCGAAUGGGACUGCUUGGAUUCCCAACCUGGUGAAGACAAUCACAGAUGUGACGUUAAAUGGAAGCAAGGCUAUAAAGGUGGACAAGAAGUUGAUUGAAGGGCCAAAUCCCAACAGAAAGUGGAAAGAAUUCAUACCUUUAAUUUUCGCCUUCCAGUAUUUCUUCAUCAUUAAACCAAUUCAAAAAGCGAUCAAGAAUGAUAUAGCAAGAGAGGCUAGACCAGCGUGGGAGAUGCGGGAUACGGGUUCACCACUCCGAAAGUACUGAUUGGGAUGGCAUAGAUAUCUGAAGCACAUGCCUGGUGUUAUGAAUUGCUCGAGGCUGAUGAUCAGAUGUGUGUUUUCUGGUGUUUGCUUUUGCUUAUAUGGUUUUAUUAGUUGUAAUCGGCGGAUGGAAGUAAAUUUUCUAGAGAGGAUUGAUUGUUUUGAACUUGCACAAACUAAGAAAGUCCAGGCUAUUGAAUUCCGCUUCUUUCAAAGAGGACGUAUCUGUCUUGCACCUCAAGAACACUUUUUUGUGUCAAAUGGAUCUGUCUUGUGGAUCGAGAGCAAAUGGCCGGCAAUGGAGGAUCGGUUUGCAGGAGAAAGAACAAUUCCCAUUUGAUUGAUUU